AUGGGGGAUCAAGGAUCUUCAAAUCCAAAUUUCCGAUCUGAUCUCUCGUCAAAAAAUGUGGAACCGACGCAAGAAGACGGGACUGUAGUUGAAGAUGAAGGGGACGAACAGUACUUCCAAGACGAGUUACAUUUGCCAGAUGAGAUUCCAGAUGAGCCAGCAGUGAGGAGGGAAGAGGCAGAAGAAGUUGGGGACGGACUUGACUUGGAAGAGGGAGAUCCUUACUCGGGAUCCACUGACAGAUUGCUCGAAUUCUGUGCCCGAUAUGGAGUCAAACCGAUCGUUAUUGUCCAGGUAGCUCAUUGUCCUAGUUGUUCUUUUCCGGCUAUUGUAUCCAUGACCUUUAUUUUACUUUGUAGUUGUUGUACUUUCUCAGUCUGUCGCUCUUUUUGUUUAUUGGAGUUCGGAGGUCUCUGUUUCGCUAUGAUGAUGUGUUAUAUCAGCUCGAACUUGACGAUAUGAGGAAGAAAAUUUACAUUGUGAGUUCCGCGGGUCUUUCAUGCUGGUAAACCAACGUUGUUUUAGGUUUCCGCGUUCUCGGUUGAUUUGGUUAUGUUUGUGAUUUUACCUUUGGUCUCUGCUGUUUUCCAUUCUUUAACUCUACUUGGCUUUUACCGGCCUCGUUUCACUCGAUUUCACAAGACCAAACCAUCUCGAUUCGUCAAGUUGCUUGCUGUUCCACAAGUAAGACAUUGAGAUCUGUGAAAUAUGCCAGAUUAUUACUUGCAGAUACUGGUUGUCGCCCAUUAUAUGGCGGAGAUAUUCGUCUUUUUACCCGAGUUUUUCGUGAAGAUUGAAAGCAUUUGGAGCUGGGCGUUGGUGACCUUCGACUUGGCCAUCUUUUCUCUCCAUUGUUUCCUUUUCAAUCUUACGUUUGGCAUUGCCGAAAUCGACGAUUUGCUGUACACCUGGAGCUUGGAGAGACUGAGAAGGACCCUCCGAGUCGCUCAAUAA